AACCCUAGUUCUCCAGCAAGUCUCGCCUUCGAGGACGUUCGCGGUUGUUGCAAGAGAGAAGAGAGAUGGCGAAGUCGAUGCGAUCGAAGAGGUUGAAGAGGCUGAGGGCCAUCCGGAGGGAGAUCGUCGAGCCCUUCUACGACGGCAAGGACAUCGCCAAGCUCGCCGCCCAGGCCGCCGCCCUCGCCGCCCCGAAGCUCCCCGCCGCCGCUCUCCUCAACUCCAGUUCCACCUCCAUGGACGCCGCCGCCGCCGCCGCCGCCUCCAUGGAUGUAGAAAUGGCCGAUGACAAUCAAAACAAGAGUUCCUUGAAGCCAGCUGGUGGUGUAGGGAAGAAAUCCAAGAGGAAAUUCAAGGUGGGCAAAAACAAGCGCAGCGGUAAGGGCAAGUUCAGGAGAAAGCGCAACAUUUGAACACCUUUUGGAGGAAAUAUUGUCCCGUAUCGAAGUUUUUUGGCUGACUGGACGUGGGAGAAGCUUCCUAAUCCGGGUGCGAGGCUUACUUAUGCUUAGUUAAUAUGUUUCUAACAAUUUAGUAGUAAUGCGUAAAGUUUGGUGGGGGAGUGUUCAUGUUAUGUAACCAGAACGCAAUUUUGUUCCUAGUACUUGCAGAGUUUUUGUUUAAAUUACGUAUCCUGAAUGAGAAAUGAGAAUCUCUACUUCUGUUGCAA